CUCUCAUUCACUCUCUCUCCUCCCCUCAACCACCAUCUACCAUCUUUCAUGCAUAAAUCCAUUCAUUAUCAAAGAGAAUACACUAUCAACCUCAAUGCCUCAUCUUCCUAACAUUGACUCUGUAGAGAAACUUAGAUAACCAUUUCUCUAAAGACUCUCUCUCUCUCUCUCUCUCAAACACACACUCAUGGGGAAUGUGACAUCUUGUGCUCCUUCCAUAAUCUCAAGUGGGGUAGUGAAGGUCUUAUUCAGUGAUGGAAGAUUGCGAGUCUACACAAGGCCAGUAAAGGUAGCAGAACUCAUUCUAGAGAACCCAGGUCAAUUUGUCUGUGAAUCAAGCAGCCUCAAAGUUGGGCAUCGGAUUCAAGGACUUUUAGCUGAUGAGGAGCUAGAGCUGCGCCAAUUCUACUUUCUCCUUCCCAUGGAGUUGCUCUACUCAGUACUAACAUUUGAGGAAAUGAGCUCUCUCUCUUACAAGGCUUCCAAGGCUCUGAAGCAUAUAAGUUUUAACAACUUGGCGAAGAUCUUCCCAGUCCUAAGUGAGUUUUGCAUGUUUCCUUCUGAAUCCAAAACAAUAAAUACUCCAACAUGUCAUCAGCAGGAACCACUACAGAGGUACUCAAAGCAGAGAUCAUGGAAGCCUGCGUUAGAGACUAUUAUUGAAAGUUGAAAUACCAUGUAGAAAAAUGAGAUAUAGCAGUAUUUUGUCUCUAUUUCUUCUCUUCAAUUCUUUUUUAUUUUUGGUGUUAAUUUUUGAGAUUACCAGUAAUAAAGUUAAAAAGGUAAAGUGAUUAAAUUUA